AUGCUAUCACAUGCUUCAUCGUUGGCAUGCAGCACGGUGCAGCAGCCGCUGGUGUUCGUGCAGCACUACACGAGGCUGCGUGCAGCAUCCCUGACGCUGCACAGCCAACUGGUCACCACCUGCCAGAGCAUGCGUACCUCCCCGCCUCCUGCCAUCGCUGCCUCACAGGUGAGGCGUACCUCCCCGCCUCCUGCCAUCGCUGCCUCACAGUAUCCAGUUAGUGCCAUCAGUCAGUAUCCAGUUAGUGCCAUCAGUCAGUAUCCAGUUAGUGCCAUCAGUCAGUAUCCAGUUAGUGCCAUCAGUCAGUAUCCAGUUAGUGCCAUCAGUCAGUAUCCAGUUAGUGCCAUCAGUCAGUAUCCAGUUAGUGCCAUCAGUCAGUAUCCAGUUAGUGCCAUCAGUCAGUAUCCAGUUAGUGCCAUCAGUCAGUAUCCAGUUAGUGCCAUCAGUCAGUAUCCAGUUAGUGCCAUCAGUCAGUAUCCAGUUAGUGCCAUCAGUCAGUAUCCAGUUAGUGCCAUCAGUCAGUAUCCAGUUAGUGCCAUCAGUCAGUAUCCAGUUAGUGCCAUCAGUCAGUAUCCAGUUAGUGCCAUCAGUCAGUAUCCAGUUAGUGCCAUCAGUCAGUAUCCAGUUAGUGCCAUCAGUCAGUAUCCAGUUAGUGCCAUCAGUCAGUAUCCAGUUAGUGCCAUCAGUCAGUAUCCAGUUAGUGCCAUCAGUCAGUAUCCAGUUAGUGCCAUCAGUCAGUAUCCAGUUAGUGCCAUCAGUCAGUAUCCAGUUAGUGCCAUCAGUCAGUAUCCAGUUAGUGCCAUCAGUCAGUAUCCAGUUAGUGCCAUCAGUCAGUAUCCAGUUAGUGCCAUCAGUCAGUAUCCAGUUAGUGCCAUCAGUCAGUAUCCAGUUAACAGUAGCAUGCCAGGUCAUUUAUUAACAUUACAGCCGUCAGAAUGA